AUGAGCGGCCCCGGCCGCCCCAUUCUUGCCCCCCUCGACGAACAGCAGCUACAAAGUCAAGGGCUUGCCAGCCAAAACUCUGCAGAAGGAACACGCAAGCUGCAUCGUCGUCGCAUGAAUCGCUCAAGUGAUUCUGAAAAUGAACAAAUUCCACUCGAUGUCUCAUACUCCGCUCCCGAUUCCCAAUCUGCGUUUGCGACAAUCCCGACGUUCCUCAUAUCAAGAGCGACUUUGAUUCAUGUUGGGUUUACCAAGACAAGAGCCUCGCAGCUCUGGGAUCUCUGGGGCCAACAGCAGGAGGCCGAGGCCGAGCUACGGCGCGAAUUCGGCGAUGAUGAAAACGACGGGAUGGGAAUGACCUUCUUGGACUUCAUGAAAAGCGCCAUCAGCAGAUCACGCGACACCGCGAGUUCUCGGGAUCAAGAUUGGAUUGCCGCAAUGACCGCAUGGGGCAUACAAUCCGAAUUACAAGAAGCGAUGACCGACCCCAUGUUCGACCCAAUCCGACACUCCCAGUCAUGCGCUUACUGGGUCAAAGACACCAUCGAGAUGCGCUUUGCAGCACUCGAGCAAACCCAAAAAACGUCAGAGGAACGCAACGCACUUCUGGCCCGGGGCAGAACUGCAGACUUGAUAGAAAGACAAUUUCGAGCCGACGCUCAAAUCGCAAACGCCCGCUCUGCCGCCGCUCGAAACGCCCCUGGCCAUACCAUGUUAUACAGAGGCAUGGAUGAAGGGAGGGCCAUGAACUUGGUCCAGGACUGGGACUCUUGCUAUCUGAAUGAGAUGCUAAGCAUGCCCCCAUCGGACUUUAGUCCCAGCAGAAGGUUCUUUUACUUCAGCCCUCAGCGAUUUGUUGCACAAUACUACGCUUCUUGGGUGACUCGGCGGAACGAAAACAUAGAACCGCGGCCCAAACCGAUCAUUAUUCAGUUCUCGAUGCCGAAUAGCACCCUCGAAAGCCUGUCCUCCGGGACGGAGAAACUUUCCGUUUACUUCCCAGAUGACGAGUGGAAGAAACUGAUUUGGUACAGCCGUAGAGACCAACCUCUACCCACUACCCUAACCAAGUAUCACAAUGCGACUCUCAUCAUCGGCACGAUCGCAAGAGGGCCCGAUCUCGUCCUCCAGAGCCUGCGCUCCUGGGAGCAAGUUUCAGACAACAAUGUUCUCAAACUUGGUCCACCAAGAAACCUGGCGACAGCCAUCCAGUUUGUCUUUACGGAUGACAAAGGAGGUUUAUUGCUACAGCAGAAUAUGUCCUCAUUCUCGAAGCAAGAUUUUGAUGCUCGAGAGUACUGCGAAUGGCGACGUGGUCACAGAAUUCCAUGA